GACCCAGAAAAUAGGCAGUCGUUUCAAGAUCUGAUGCGGCAGUCUUUGUGCACACCGUCCCUCGCUUGAGCAUGAAGCGUAACCCUGUGGAAUACAUACUGUAAUUCAGAGGAGCUUUUCGCCUUGCGGAGGGAAAUUGUUUCUAAAGACGGAAGCUUAAGCAAAGUCGCGCAACUUUGAGAAAACGUAGCGGAUACGGACAGGAGGCAUGGCAGAUCAUCUGAUGAUGCCCAUGAAUCACAGCUCAGCGGGUGCCAGUCUCCACGGUUAUAGGAUGGGCAUGAAUGGCGGCCUGCAGGCAGGUCACCAGCAGCAUGCCAACCAGCAGGGAAUGCGGGCGCUGCCCAAUGGCCAGAUGAUGCACUAUGGAGGUGCCCAGGCCAACAUGGAGAGCGCCAUGAGGCAGCGGCAGGGCAUGGUGGGCGGGCCCAUGAACGGACAGCUGAAUGGAGCCCAGAUGGGUCACCACCAGAUGACCUCUGGUAACAUGAUGUAUAAUGGGCAGCCUCAGCAGCAACAGCAUCACCCUCAGCAGCAGCAUCACAUGCACCCACAACAGCACCAGCAACAAGCGCAGCACCCACAGCAGCAGCAACAGUUCAUGAACGGAGGGUUAACAUCCCAGCAGCUCAUGGCCAGCAUGCAGCUGCAGAAACUCAACACCCAGUACCACGGACACCCGCUGGGUCCAAUGGGUGGGAACCACAUGGGGCCCACGACCCAGUAUCGUAUGAACCCAGCUCAGUUGGCUAACAUGCAGCACAUGGCCGGGCCGGCGCUGGCCUUGAACGGCAUGGAUGCAGAUAUGAUCGACGAGGACGUCUUGACCUCGCUGGUCAUGGAACUGGGCUUGGACCGUGUCCAGGAGCUGCCAGAACUCUUCCUGGGCCAGAAUGAGUUUGACUUCAUCUCAGACUUUGUGAGCAAACAGCAGCCCAGCACUGUUAGUUGCUGAGAGGACGUAACUUGAAAUGGGGCACAAAUGGAGACAGAAGAGCGAGAAUUGUCCAGGAUGGACAAGGGGGGGCGCAUUUCUUCACUUUCUAUUUUGUGAGCACCUCCCUGUACAACUAAACCAGUUGUAGUGCAGGGUGCACACAAGAGAACUCUGGAUAUCCACAGUGGACGCACAGUGCUUGAGUUUCACAUGUGCUAGUGGCCAGAGGGUGGCUGGCUUCAAGGCCUAGGUCAACUUCUUCUCUUUCCUGGACAUGAAUGUAAUAAAGAAAUGCUGAAAAUUUUAAAAAAAAAAAGCCACUCUGAACAAUGCUAUGACACUAUGUAGCCUCUAAGUCUGGACUCCUUGACAGUUUACCAGUAAAAAAGGUGUAUUUAUUUAUUCCUAUCUGAGAAAACUGAUAUAAAGAACAACCACUUUCUGUGGUUUAUGAUUUUUUUUGAGAGUAGGUUGGGGGAGGAAAAUUGAAUUUAAGUUAUCUGCUUAAGAUUUUUCCCCAUUCUAUCUGGCGUAGUAUUAAAAUAAGCUCAGAUGACAACUUCAUCCAAAUAAGCCUGGAUUUUCUGUCACAAAAGUACAAUGUUGUCUCAUUUGAGCAGGAGUGUCAUCCAGACUUUAAAAAUGGUUCACUUUUGGUAAAGUGUUGCCUUUUUAGAUGUGAUGUUCUCAAAAAUCUACUGCUUGUACUGUAUGAAGCUGUAUAACUCCAACAUGUCCACACUGUUGUGUUCUAUUGGAGAUGUAGAACCGCCUUAAUCGCGCAGAUUCUUAUUUAUUGGUUGUUUAUAUUGUCCCCUUUUUUGUGGUCAAGAUAGGGGGAUGGUCUUUGUGAAAGGGGUUUUGAGGAUCAAUAAAAAUGGCCUGGAUAGAA